AUGGUCGUCUACUACCAGAUCGCCGGCAAGAAGGUCGGCUCCCACGUCCUCUCCAUGGCUGUUCUCGGCAGUCUUUUUGCCGGUUCCUACGCUGCUAUGGGCGGUGGUGAGAAGCCCAAGACCGCUGCUGGUCCCCCCAUCAACGCUUCUUCCAAGGAGGAAGGUGACUUUAUUCAACAAUUCUUGAAGGAAGUCGACGGAGGCGACAAGAAGUCCGAAAAGCACUAA